GUGAAUGAUUUUUAUUUGCGUCUAAAAUGAGGCUUUGAUGCAAAAUCGGAGAAAAACAAUCAAAUAUCUGUCGGAAAACUAAAAUUCUUCUUUCUUGCCAAUUCGCAGUCAAUGUGCUAAGAUACAAUCCACGUUCGCGUAAUUAAAUGUCCGCGCGAAACCGUUUGUGAAAUAUGGCAUCUAACAAUAGGUUGAAAACGGGCUCAGGAUCAUCCCAAAUAAACUACAAGUUUACAUGUCGCUGCUGUCUGAAAUCCGAUGCGGAGUUCCUCAAGCUGGACACGCUGGCGGUAGCGCGCAAUCUGGAUCCAAGUGAAUCCGAUAAAAUACCCCUAAUUCGUUGUUUGCUGUUCUGCAUACGCACGGAAAAUUUGCCGGAGCUUCCGCAAUACAUAUGCGUUGAAUGCAGCAAGAGCUUGCAAAUAGCCUACUAUUUCUUGCAAAAUGCACUGCGCGCACACGAAAUACUCUGCCGCAAACUGUGUCCGGGCAAGCCGCGUCCUACGCUGGCCCAGCGUUUCAAUGGCUCCAUCAAACAGCCAGAGGUGUCGCUGCGGCAGGCGGGUGAGGACAAGGCGAAGCCACAUAAGGCAUUUCGGCACGAGUGCAAACUCUGCGGCUUUGUCGUCUACAAUCGGAUGGAGCUAAAGAAGCACAUACGUCAGCACGUCGAUGGGAGCUCCUACAGCUGCAAAGUCUGUAGCUUCGUAACCCUGAAGCAGCGUCUCCUGCAGGAGCACUACAGAGCGACCCAUGGCAUGUCGGCCAACCACGCGGACGAACAAGUAAAACCAAAAUCAUUCUACAAUGCCGCUCCAUCCACUUCAUCCGCAUCCGCUACGGCUGCCAAAGACGAGGUUAAAGUGUGCACCCUGGAGGACAUGGAGCUGUUGAUUCCCACGGUUCUCGCGCCCGGGGAUUACAUCCAACCGUCCAUCGAUGAAGAGCAACUGCGUGACAUAGAACAGCAAUUGGCGGCCAGCAUGUCGGAGCUCGUUGUCGGUGUCGACACUUUGACCUCCAACAUGACACAAAUAGAGGGAAACAAUAUAAGCAUUGGCACCGAGUAUGUCGUGAUGCCCGAUGGUACCUUGCAGAUCAACGGAGGCGGCGUGGUCAUUGAAUACAUAGAUGAUAGCAGGCCACAUCGCAACGCCACUGGAAAUGUAAGCCUGCAAAAUCUCCUUGGAGGCGGCAACGAAAACGAGUCCAUGGACAUAGAUGUCAGUGAGCUGAUUGUGGAGGAUAUGGUGCCGCAGAUAAAAGUCAAGCCAAAACCAAUACCCAUUGGACCCGCUCCCCUCAAGUACAAAUGCAAAGUCUGUCCCAAAGCUUUUGUCACCAUGGGGCGUCUGAAAUCUCACCAGAUAAGCCACAGCCAUUUGCCCAAGUUCUACUGCGAUCAGUGCCCCUUCUAUUCGCUGCGCUCUGGCGAUCUCUGCCAGCACUACAAGACGAAGCAUCUCAAGGACGAACAGAAUGGAAAGGUGGCCGCCGAUGAGACCUAUUCCUGCGACACGUGCCUUUUCGAAGCGAGGACAUCCAGCCAGCUGAGGGUGCACAUAACUGAAAAGCAUAAGACACAACCCUCGGAUAUAGAUCUGCGCUCCACUUGGCAAAGUGAGUCGACCGCCUCCGGUGGCGGCAUCAACUCGGCUCGAACCAGUGGCCAGGGCUCCAAGGAGCACGGCAGUCAGCCACAACACACCGAAAUUCCACUGGGCAUUCAAUAUCCGUCUCCAGUGCUGGCGGCGGCGACAGUUGAAAAUCAGCCAUUGAAUCAGCAGCAACAGCAGCCGGAGCAACAGCAUCAAGAGCAGCAGGAUCAGCAGCAAGAGCAACAGCAACUUUCAGCGGUUCCAUCCCAAACAUCCACGUUAACGCAGUCGGGUGAUAUCAAUGUGGUGGUAGAUGCCACACCGCUGUUCUUUAAGGCGCCAGCGGCAGGGACUGGCACUGUGACUGUGACUGGGGAAGAAUUGGAGGGUCAGGGAGAGGGAGAUUCGGGUACAAUAUCCGCCGAAGCAAUGGCCACCGGGGACGGCUUGCACAUCGGCAACACAUAUGAAAUCUUUCCAGAAAUCUCAACGAGCAGUCUGGCAGCGACUCAGCCCAUACCGGCAUUGCCAACGACAACGUCGGCGAACAUCUCAAUGUUCGGGGAUAUGCAGGAUUUUAUAGACAACACAGAUGUGGCCGCCAUAUGCACCAUACCCGCCGAUGAUAUGCCAGUGGUGGAUGGGGACGAUAUUGUGAUUGACAAUAACAAUAUCAGCUUGGACUUUGAUGCUGAGAAUCUGUUUGAGGACUUUGAGGAUGAGGAAGAGGCCGUUGGCGAUGAGGAGGAGGACGAAGACGACGACGAAGACGCUGAAAACGAGGAUGAAAAUGACAACAAUGAUGCAGCCACCGAUAAAAAUCUGCUGCUAACAAGCGACGACGACGAUGUGGAUGACUUUGACGACGAGCAGUCCAAGCAUCUGCAAAAACCCUACUGCAUAUUUUGCAACAAAAAGUUUACGAGCCAAUACAAGUUCGAGAAUCACAUGUUUGUGCAUCGAGGUCUAGCCCCCUACCGCUGUGAGCUCUGCACCAAUCUCUACAACAUGAAGCGUCUCCUUAUCAGGCACUACAAAACCGUACACAGGCGCAUGCCCACGCGGGACAUGGUUCAGGCGAAGGGCGACAAGGUAUUGGUGGCGCGUACCAACAUCGAGACACUGCAACUGGAUCUGGAUAGGAAGCCCAUGCUGAUGUGUGCCAAGUGUCCGUUUGAGUGCGAAUUGGAUAAGGAAAUGCGAAAGCAUCUGAAUGCGCAUUACGGCAUCAAUGAUGGUGUAUCCGUGCAUGCCAACGAGGGGUUUAUUAUACGCAAACUACCCUUUGAGUGUCCGCGAUGCAUUCGCUCAUUUGCGGCCAAGAGCACACUGACCCGCCAUCUACAGCGUAGCCAUUUGGUGGACACGAUAAUUGAGAUGCAAUCCAACCAAACAACCACGAACUCGGCAGCCACAGCCACAAGUACCACGUGCAAUGCAACCACCUCAUUGCCGGCGAACACGGCUGACGAGCAGCAGCUCGAGACCGAUCGGCCGGCAACGUCGGAAACGGAGGCUGUUGGUUAUGGCGAUGGGGAAUGCGAGGUAGCAGUCAAACCUGAUGGCGCAACGACAACAGCAGCCGGAGUUAAAGAAGAGCCAACGACUACUUCAACCGCGUCCGCAUCAGAACCAUCAUCCAUAAUAUCAACCAUAAAAGCAGAUCCAACAUCAGAAAGAAUUCCGAAUCCCCCCGACGAAUCGUCAGAGCCACGAGCCAUGAACGAUAUAGAUUAUGUUCCAGUCAAAGGCGAGACAGCAUCAGCAGAAGUAAAAGCAUCACCACAUACCGCCACAAUAGAGUCUUCGUCAUCCACACCAACUCCAUUUGAUUUUGACUUUGACUUUAUGGGGGAAGCAGAAAAAUCCAGGCUUACGCCUACGCCCACCACGCCCAGUUCGAGCAACAAACAAAUCGUCAGCAGCACAGAUCAGUUCCCCUGCACCACCAAUCCGAGCACCAGCAUUAGCACCAAUGUCUUUGCACCGAGCCUCCUAAUCAACGGCAGCGACAAACUGUUGACUGUUGCAAUGGAGCCAUCGCCCAUUAAGGGCCUACGUCCGCGCAUCCCUCGCACCCCCACCUACGCGUGCAAGCUGUGCAAAAAAAGCUUUGAUGAGCUGGGAAAGCUGGUAAAGCAUGAGAUGGAUACGCAUACCAAUGGCGAAUCGUCACGCUUGGGCUAUAAGCACAUAUGUGGCACCUGCGGUACAACGUAUCGCACAAUGGUGCUGCUCAAGUUCCACAUGAAGCGGCAUUUGACCCGAAAGCUUACGUGCAAGUUGUGUUCAAAGGAGUUUGUACACAAAACUGAACUGGACAGGCACUUGCUGGCCAAACAUGCCACCGAGAAGUCGUUCCGAUGUUCCCUGGAUGGCUGUCGCAAGAUGUUCGCCUUCAAGCAUCAUUUGGUGCGGCAUCAGAAUGCAUCCCAUCUGAAGUUGCGCCACGUGUGCGCCAUAUGCGAGAAAGAGGUGAAGACCAGCCUGCACCUGAGGCACCACAUGACCGUGCACAGAGGCAUGACAGCCUACAAGUGUCCCAAAUGUGACCGAACAUAUUUACGUCGCGGAGCCCUUCGUGUCCAUGCCCUGUCCGUCCAUCAUGUGCAGCUUACGGAGACAGAGCUGGCCGAAGUCUUUCGCCACAAUGUGGGCUAUACCAAUCCGCACGACAUGAAGGUAUUCACACGCAACGGGCAAUUGGUGCGCCGCAAGGAGCUGGAGGUCGAAAAGGAAAUGCAGAUGGGUGAUGAUUCAUCCGCUGCAGCGGCGAAUAUUUAAAAAUAAUUCUGAAAUCUGAAUCAUGCUCAUUAGUAGUCCUGAGAAGUAAUGACACCCUGUACAAAGUUUAUAUAGUUUAUAAGUACUGUUUCCAUAUGCAGUUUUUAAGACACACAUUUAAUGUCUUGAAGUUUUCCACCUAAGGCUAGACUUAAGCAUGAUAUCAUUAUCAAAAUCGACCUAUUACCGACACAUAUAGUAUGUACAUAUAUUACAUGCCAAUAUUUGUACAUGGAACAAUUGUAGCGAUUUGGUUUGAAUAUAUGCAUAAUAAUCUAGUAAUGGAUUUCCUUUAAGCGGAUCUGGGAAUGGUGGCCUCGAAUUACAGUCGUUCCACACUUAACUGGCAGCCGAUGCACUCGAGUGGGACUGCAAUGGCAACUCUCCUACCCAAGGGAUGGUCUCAACCCAAUCACGACCAACGCGCUCUGCUUGGCCAAAGAGCUAUACAAUAGUCUAAGAAUAUAACACAUUUAUUUUUAUAUAAGCUAUAGACUACAAAUAGGGGUAGAGUAGCGAACGCCGAUUCGACAAAUUUUUUUUUGUAAAUUGGAUAUUUGAAAGCAAUAAACAACCUGUUAGCAUAA